UGUGAUACAACAACUCGAGGGUUUCCGGGGCCGUUUCAUUGUAAAAAACCGUCAAGUUUUGUUAAAUGUGGUUGGCAGCAAUGUUUCGAGUGACGUGUUGGUCGUGUCAAGAAUGUAAACAGUGCUUUUGUAAAUUGUCUCAAAACGGGGUAAAAUGUCGCUUCCGGGUAACGGUAUUUUCGUGGUGAGGGGCGAAAUGUGUACUUUAAUGACGGCGAUGCGUCGCGGCGCCCGUUGGUCGUCCCACUCCCACCAAGACGACGACGACCCCCUCAUGAAAAACUUCCAAGAACUCAAAGAAAUCUUGAACAAAAUCGACGAUUUGCGUUUGGUGCAACCGAACAUUUAUUUGGGGCCGUUCCUGGAGGUGAUUCGAUCGGAGGAGACCACAGGCCCGGUGACAAGUCUCGCUCUAUCAGCAGUUAACAAGUUCCUGGCGUACGGAUUGAUCGACCCCACUCAUAGUUCGGUGCCCACCACCGUGCACAGUAUCGCCGAUGCGGUCACCCACGCCCGGUUUGUGGGCACAGACCAGAGCUCCGACGGCGUGGUCCUCAUGAGAAUCCUGCAAGUGUUACGCACCCUGACUCUGGCCCCCGAGGGGGCCACUCUCACCAACGAGAGUCUCUGCGAGAUUAUGCUGUCGUGUUUCCGGAUCUGUUUUGAGACACGUCUCAACGAAUUGUUGAGACGCACCGCUGAGCACUACCUCAAAGACAUGGUCCAACUUGUCUUCAUGCGUCUCCCCCAAUUCUCCGAGGACUUGUGUGCCGUCAAACAGUUCAAAAUGCGUCCGGGGGCUAUCGAACAAACCCGAACCAAGCGGAAAAAGUCGUUCAGAUUGUCGAAAUUGGAGGAAACGCCGUCGCCCCCGACUCAAUUAAAGCCCCAGAAUCGCACUAAUCAUCUCUCGACAACCCCCAUGACCCCUGCUGGGAAUAUAGUCGACAUGCAAGGCUCAAUUUCGCAAAUUACUCCGGAAAAUGCCACAGAAUCCCCCUCAAAUUUCGAUAGUAAUGUGCAAAUCAAUGUGGAGCCCCCUAGUCCGGAUCAUGAGGAGGAAACGACGGUACCUGAAAUUGAGGAGGCUCACGAUUAUAUCAAUCAAAGGGGGAUCAGGUUUACCCAACAAAUGGGCGAAGAGGUUGUUUUAGCCCCCUAUGGCCUGGCUUGUGUUCGGGAGUUAUUUAGGUUUUUGAUCAGUCUUUGUAACCCCUUGGAGAAACAAAACACUGAUGUUAUGAUACAUUUGGGGCUCACGUUGCUCACUGUGGCUUUUGAAGUGGGGGCUGACAGUAUUGGGAAAUAUUCACCUCUUUUAGCCCUAGUUAGAGAUGAUUUGUGUCGAAAUUUAUUCUCUCUUUUGUCAUCGGAACGCUUGUCUGUCUUUGCGGCCGAUCUCCAAGUCUGUUUUUUGAUGUUUGAGGCGUUGAGAACUCACCUCAAGUUCCAACUUGAAUUUUAUUUAACUAAAUUAAUCGAUAUUAUUGUAACCGAUUCGGGGAAAAUCUCCUACGAACAUAAGGAAAUCGCCCUUGAUAAUAUCCUCCAAUUGUGGCGAAUUCCGGGUCUUGUAACCGAACUCUACCUAAAUUACGAUUGUAAUUUGUAUUGUACUAAUCUCUACGAAGAUUUGACUAAAUUAUUGGCAAAAAACGCGUUUUCGGCCACUUCGGGUGUUUAUCACACCCAUAUGUUAUCACUAGAUGCGUUAUUAACGGUAAUUGAGAGUAUAGAACAGCAUUGUUUUGAAAAAAGUGAGACUUUGGAAGAGGGGGCGAAACUCGAGUCAAGCACCGAAAAUAUUGAAACUAUCACGAAUUUUAUUGGAAAAACCACCAGACAGAAGAUUUCCGAUCAAAUUCCCAGUAAAGACGAACUUAUGGCGCAAAAAAACAUCAAAAAAUGGCUCCCAACCGGUACCGAACAUUUUAAUCACAAACCCAAGAAAGGUAUCCAAUUCCUUCAGGAGCAUGGAGUAUUGAAAAAUGAACUUGACCCGCAUGAAAUUGCACUUUUUCUCAAGGAAAAUUCCGGAUUGGAUAAGAAAAUGAUUGGGGAAUAUUUGGGAAAUCGCAGUAAUGUCACAAUUCUUGAUGCGUUUUUGAAAACUUUUGAUUUUACAAAUACACGGAUUGAUGAGGCGUUGAGACACUAUUUGGAGACUUUUAGAUUGCCAGGGGAGGCACCUAUUAUUUCGCAUUUGAUGGAACAUUUUGCGGAGCACUGGCAUAAAAGUAACGGUGAGCCGUUUGUCGACGUAGAUGCGGCUUUUACACUCGCCUACGCUGUGAUUAUCCUCAACGUUGACCAACAUAACCAAAAUGCGAAGAAACAAAAAACCCCAAUGACACUCGCCGGUUUUAAAAAGAACCUAAAAGGUGUCAAUGGAGGCAAUGAUUUCGAUGAGGACAUGCUCGAUGAGAUUUACAACGCUAUUAGGACUGACGAAAUUGUUAUGCCGGCUGAACAAACUGGUCUCGUUCGUGAGAAUUACCUCUGGAAGGUGCUCCUGCGUAAGGGGGCGUCGAAAGACGGUGUUUACUACCACGUCAAUGGGGGUCAAUUCGAUCAGGAACUUUUCGCGUUGAUUUGGGCACCGAUUGUGGCAGCCCUGUCUUUUGUUUUUGACAAAUCAGAAGAACAACCAAUUUAUAAGAAAGCAAUGAUGGGUUUCCAAAAAUGCGCAUUUAUUUCAUCACAUUUCGCCAUGUCGAAAAAUCUCGACAUGUUGAUACAAACCUUAGCCAAGUUUACCAACUUUCAUAAUUUGCAAAGACCCAACAAUGGGGUUAUUAUGUUUGGGGGUAAUGUUAAAGCGCGUUUGGCCUUGAAAUGUGUUCUUGAUUUGUGCCACCAACACGGUGAUAAUAUCCGUGAAGGGUGGAAAAAUUUAUUUGAUUUGGUUUUGUCACUGUAUAUUUUGGGGUUAUUACCGAAGAGUUACAUCGAAGCUGAGGAUUUUAUUGAAAGUAGUGGAAAAAUCGUUUUGAUUUAUGAGGAAGUUGAAAAUUUGCAAAAACAAGAAAGUGGUCUUUUUAGUUCAUUGUAUUCGUAUAUGGUCUCAAGUGAGAAUUUAUCACGGGUACCAACUGUUGAAGAACAACAACACAUGGAUGUGGCUAAGGAGACGAUAAAAGAAUGUAACUUUGAUUUGGUUAUAACUGAUUCGAAGUUUCUUCAUGAUGAGUCACUUAAGGCCCUUGUUGGGGCUUUAAUCGAGUUAUCGAGGCCCCCAGACGUUCAAAAAAGCCUCGGUUAUAACUACAACGAGAAUGUUGCUGUAUUUUUCCUCGAACUUUUAAUUAAAAUCGUGAUACAAAACAGGGAUCGAGUCAUGACAAUAUGGCAGACAGUCCGUGAUCAUAUCUACACCCUCGUCAUGAAUUCUUCAGUUUUCGAUUAUCAAUUUUUAUUAGAACGUUCAGUUAUCGGCCUCCUUCGUAUCGCAAAUCGUCUUAUGCGCAACGAAGACAUGAGCCCCAUCGUCCUCCAAUCCCUCCAAAUGCUCCUCCUCCUCAAAUCCUCCACAUUGUGUCGUAUUUCGCGUCAGAUCUCAUUCGGUCUCUAUGAACUCCUCAAAACCUCCGCUCAAAAUAUCCACACUGAGACUGAUUGGACGAUUAUUUUCACCCUAUUGGAGUGUGUGGGGGCGGGUGCUGUCCCACCUAAACCAAUCGCUGAUGAUCACCCCACUACUAAAUCAGACGGCGAAGGUGUGGCUUCCGACGAUGACACGCCCGAUCGUGGCUACACUUCCGAUUCGGAAUUGAGCAAAAGUCCGAAGCACCGCCCACAAAGCCCCGCCUGUGGGUGGAUUCUUGUAGGGAAUGAAGGGGAGAUUCAACCGGUUGUGGGGCGUACACUCCCACCGAGUCAAUAUAGUCUUGCACUUGAACGCAAUUUGGGGCCUCAUGACCCAAGUAGUCUUAUAAAAUGUUGCGAAAGUCUUGCGUUUCUUGUCAGGGAUGUGGCUCACAUCACGCCUUAUAAUUUCGAUGAUUGCGUACAUUGUAUCAGGACGUUUGUGGAGGCAAGUUUGCAUGGGAAUAGAAGACAGAGGAGGGGUAAAGAAGCGAGAGGGAGGAGACAGCGUCGGAAAGGGGCGGAGCGACGAAGUCCGACGAGUAGUCCGGAUGAGGAAAGUGACGAGGAGGAGGUGCCUAGUGGGUAUCAUCAAAUUUCGAUACAGUUAUUGGAUUUGAUGCACACUUUGCAUACAAGGACCGCCCAGAUUUUUAAAUGGUGGGCGGAGGAAGGCGGGGCUUUGGCUAAAGAAACGUCAUUGUGGACACAAGGAUGGUGUCCUUUACUUCAAGGCAUUGCUCGGCUUUGUUGCGAUAUUAGGAGAGAGAUUCGCAUGAGUGCUAUUACUUACCUACAGAGGGCGCUUCUUGUGCACGAUUUGCAGACUCUUACAGGCCCUGAAUGGGAGGCGUGUUUCCACCGAGUCCUUUUCCCCCUCCUGGCACACCUCCUUACCAAUAUUGACCCCAAAGACCCCAUGGCCAUGGAGGAGACGCGUAUGCGCGCCGCCACUGUCCUCUCCAAGGUGUUCCUCCACCAUCUAACUCCACUCCUCUCCCUCCCAACUUUCUCUAAUUUAUGGUUGGUAAUCCUGGAUUUCAUUGAUAAGUACAUGCAUGCUGAUAAGAGUGAUCUUUUGGCUGAGGCCAUCCCCGAAUCGUUGAAAAACAUGCUUUUGGUCAUGGAUUCGGCGAAAGUUUUUGAAGGGGCUGAUGGGAAGAGCCCCCUUUGGAUGGCCACGUGGGACAGGAUCAAUAAAUUCCUCCCAGGGAUGAAAGAAGAGUUGUUUAGGGAACAACAAGGAAAACGGGAGAAUGUGGAGGUGUUGCAACAUAAUAUUGAGAAUGCCACCAAGUCGAUUAUACUACAGCCCCCAUCGAGUCAACAACAAGUCUCGUCGCCGCUUUUCGCGCAUUUGGGACAGAUGGUGUCAACGCCGAUUGCCUCGGCGCCUCCGCCCCCGCCCCCGUUUCUCCAGCCGACGCUCCAGCCCGGCAUGCCCUACUUAUACGCCAAAAAUCAAAGUCAUACAUUUCCAGUGUUGUAUAACAGUCCCGUAUCGUUGUACUCCGAAUAUGUGGGAAACCCCUACAAUAAUGCCACUACAGAGGAAGAAAAUGCGCCAAAUUUAUUAGAUGUUAAUAAAAAUAAUGAUCUAGUCGAGUCUGACGCCCCAAAUAACAACACCAACGUGUUUCAGUCUUCAAAUUAUUUCAGUUCGGACUCGGGGGGCGAUUUUAUACCCCCGGGCUCCGAGAUUCUGUUUGGUACAGAACAGGGAAAUUUCAUUCCAGUGUGUACAAAUAGUGACAUAAAAACGAGCGAUGUUUAAGUGUUUCUAGACUAGAAAAUUUUAAAUCCUAAUUUUAUGUAAAUAAUUGUUUCCUUUUCUGUUAUUUAACGCCCUUUUCCGUAUUGUGUACAUCAAAGAUAUAUUUUUACUCAGUUGUUACCCAAAUAAAACAAAGUAUUUAGUGAA